AUGUUCAUCCGAGGGAAAGGUCGUGACGAAUAUCUCACUGGAGAGCUCUCACCACCUCCCAUGAAUGAUCCAAAUGCUCGGGCAUGGAAAGUAGAGAACAAUCUUGUUAUGUUUUGGUUGGUGAACUCAAUGACUACUGAGAUUGGAGAAAAUUUUCUCCUUUAUGAGACUGCGCACGAUAUCUGGGUCGUAGCCCGUGAGUUCUACUCCACUCGUGAUAAUACUUCUGCCAUCUUCGAAGUCGAGCAGCUUGACGCUUUUGAGGAACAUGCUUGGAGCUGUCCCGAGGAUGCCAGGAGAUUCCGAAGCAUCAUGGAACAGAAACGAAUAUUCAAAUUCCUCUUCGGACUGAACAAAUAUCUCGACGAGGACUUAAAUUCAGGGAAGACGAUUGGCAAUGCUAGUAUGGAUUCUGGUCUUUAUCUACUACAACCUGACAAUUCUUCUCUUAGGAGACAAACUCAUAAUGUAGUAUUCAUUCAUCCCACUACUGAUAUUCAGGAGGACAAUAUUAAUCAGAAAUAUCAAGUAUGGGAUGUAAGUACACCACCUCUCACCUCUCGUCCCCUCACUAUUCCCGAGUUCUCAUCAAAUUUUUCUGAAAACAGUAUCAAAGAGUUUGAAUCUGAACCUGUACCUACUACUAUAACCUGUACACCACCUCUCACCUCUCUUCUCCUUACUAUUCCCGAGUCCUUAUCAAAUUUUCCUGAAACCAGUAUCAAAGAGUCUGAACCUGAACCUAUACCUACUACUAUUAACAAAGAGUUACGUGUGUAUAUUAGGAGAAAUAAAACUCCAGUUGAUAAAGAUUUUGAACCAACUACACAUUGCCAUGAGUCUAUUUCAGUUCCAAGCAGUAAGGACAUAUCAAGUAAUGAGUUUUCAGGCACAAUUUCUGAUACUGUUACCAUUACUAACCAUGAUAUUGAGUUACCUAUUGCCUUGCGGAAAGGAACUCGAUCUUGUACUAGACACCCUAGACAGGAUUAUGUUUCAUUCAACAACUUGUCUUUAAAGUAUUAUUCAUAUUGCUAUCAUCUUUUCUCAGAGAAUUCUUAUGGAUGGGAGGUGAAAUCUAGGGUUCAGUCUUUAAAUUUGCUUAUGGGGGCUCUUUGUGAACGUAACCGCUCUGAUUUGGCAUUGCAAGUUCUACAAGAGAUGAAUUAUCAGGGUUGCUAUCCAGAUAGGGAAAGUUAUCAAGUCUUGAUGAAGGGAUUGUGUGGAGAUGGGAGGUUGCACGAGGCAACACAUUUAUUGUAUUCAAUGUUUUGGAGGGUCUCACAGAAGGGCAGUGGUGAGGAUGUCGUGAUCUAUAGAAUACUUUUAGAUGCUUUGUGUGAUAAUGGAAAAGUUGAAGAGGCUUUGGAGAUACUUGUUAAAAUCUUAAGGAAGGGGCUAAAGGCUCCAAAACGCAGUUAUUGUCGUCUUGAUCCUAGUCAGUUUAGUAACUGCAAGGAUACAGAGGGCACAAAGCUUUUAAUUAAUGAAGUUCUGAUUAGAGGGAUAAUUCCUAGUUUGGCCAGUUACAGUGCUAUGGCGAUUGAUCUUUAUAAUGAAGAUAGGGUUAUUGAAGGUGAUAUGGUGCUGUACAAAAUGCGCAAUAGAGGCUUUUGGCCAACCCCACAAAUAUACGAAGCAAAGAUGGCUGCAUUGUGCAAGGAUGGUAAAGUUGAAGAGGCAUUGAAAGUAGUUGAUGAAGAGAGGGCAAAAGGGUACUUGGCUCCAAAUGUUAGAAUAUAUAAUAUUCUAAUGAAAGGUCUGUGUGAUGAAGGGAAGUCGGCACUGGCUGUUGAAUACCUGAAGAAAAUGGCUAAGCAGGUCGGCUGUGUUGCUAACAAGGAAACUUAUGAUAUUUUAGUGAAUGGACUAUGUUCCAAUGGUAGAUUUCUUGAUGCAAGCCGAGUUUUGGAGGAGAUGUUGAUAAAAUCAUAUAGGCCUUGUCUCGAAACAUAUAACGUUCUGAUAGGGGGUCUUUGCUCCGUGCAGAGGCUGUAUGAAGCUGUGAUGUGGGUGGAAGAGAUGGUUAGCCAGGGUUUGCUGCCAGAGAUUUGUGUUUGGCGGUCUUUGGUUUCAUCUGUGUGCUGCAAUGCAAGUGAUCUUGAUAAUUGUUAUGAAACCUUAAAUCAUCCGAGUAGUGUGUCCUAGCUGAUUUCUGUAUCAGUUGAUACUUGUUUUAGCCUUUACCUGAUAUGUACUUUUAUAGCUUUGAACUUGUAAAUUAACUUCCAAGUUUUUCAAAUUAAUUAAUUAAUUAUGGCCA